AUGUCUCACCGGACUUCCACCACUUCCCUUCAUGUCUCCACCGCUCAUCCCUUUCCAAUCUCCAAAGAUUUCCAAGGCUCAGAGAAUCCUAUUCCACUCUCACCGCAGUGGCUUCUGCCAAAGCCAUGGGAGGGAAAACCUGGAGCAGGAACUGUGGAAAGCCAUGUCAUCUCAACUCCAUCACUUAGAAAUCGCUCAGAGAUUGUUAAGACAUCUGGAAAUGGAGAAGAUGCACAUGACGACCAUAAGAGAAAGGAUGUCUUUAGGCCAUCUGUGCUUGACUCUGAAAGUGGAUGUCAUGACCGUUGGAGGGAUGAAGAGCGAUGA